AUGUCAGCCACGGACCCCAAUCUACCGCAUGAUUCCAAGGUGGAUCAGAUAUUGGGAGUAUGUUCUGCAAUGUUGGUGAUUACCACGCUGGUCGUAGUGACCAGAAUUUGUACUCGUUGGAAGCUUGCUAAGGGUGGACUUGGGGCGGAUGACUGGUGUAUACUUGUUGCUUGGGUUUUGGCUGUGGCUUAUGAUCUUGAUCCGAUCAAUCAAGUCAAGUUCGGAUUGGGUCAACACAUCUAUGAUUUACCUGAAGACACAAAUUUCAGCGCAUCUUUGGAGCUCUACUACUUCGGCGAAAUCCUCUACUUUAUUUGCGUCGCCGUCACGAAGGUAGCCAUCCUGAUUCUGUACCUCCGGCUGGCCACCUCAAAAAUACUCCGAAACAUCAUCUGGGGCUCAAUGGCCUUUGUGAUUCUCACAUCUUUCUCCUUCGUUAUUGCGACCGUAUUUCAAUGCACGCCGAUUUCCAAGGCGUGGGAACAACCUGCCACGGAUAACGGACAUUGUAUCCAAGUCAAUGCUAUGUUCUACGCUAAUGCUGGUUUGGACAUUUUUCAGGAUUUGGUGAUAUAUGUUCUACCGAUGAGAAUGUUGUACCAAAUUCAGAUACCAAAGAGGCAGAAAUAUGCGCUCAUGGUUGUUUUUGCGGUGGGCGGGUUUGUGGUUGUGACGGGGAUGAUAAGACUUUAUUAUUUACAGGGCGCGCAAGCAUCACAAGAUCCUUCUUACGACAAUGUAGGCGGAGCCGUCUGGUCCAGCAUCGAAUGCAAUAUCGGCGUAGUCUGCGCCUCUCUCCCGCACCUCAAGCCUCUCUUCGAUCGCUUCUUCCCUUCAUUGAUGGGUCGUUCCGUCGGCGCGUCCCUUCCCAACGCACCUUCUGGAGGAGAAUUACGACAUAGUGGUGGAAACUACGUUAAACAAAACAACAAGAACGAAUACGAGUUGGAAAAUGGAAAGAAGGCGAAGAUGUGGAAAGAUACAUAUGUAGGGAAAUAUCAAAGAGAUUUAGUUAAUGAUAUUGAAGGUGCAGAUACGUUGUUUACGGGGAAUGAUAGUGAAGAGAGAUUGAGGGGUGGUGGGGAAUGA